AUGGAUAACAUCAGCAUCUUGACAGAGGACGAACGCUGGCUACAAGAGUACGCUGAGGAGGAAUCAGCACGAUGGACGAUAAAACUGGUGUUCUGUACUCUCUACUUUCUUCUCUUUUUGUUCGGAACGAUUGGAAAUGGGUGAGUGUAAUAUGUUUUUUUAAAAGAUACUGUUUUAGGUAUGAUCUCAAUAUCAAAUUAAAGAAUUUUUUUCUCGAAGUCUUAAAAUUAUUUGUUAAAACGUUAAUUUUUAAUAUUACUAUACAUAUACAUUAUAUUUUUAUGCAUCAUAAGUCAUGAAAGAACAAGUUACCAUACUUACCACGAAUAGCAUAGUAAUUUGAAAAUUGCAUUUUAAGACUAAAAGUUAAACUUUUUUUAAAAUUCUGAAAUUUUACAGUAAGAAAAGAUAAGAUAUACGUAUAAGUAAAACUUUUGUUUAUUUACAUUGUCUGUAUGUAUAUCUUUUCUUUUUAACAUAGAAGCCCCUCUUUGAUUUAAAAAAAUUAUUUCACUUAAGAGAGGAAAAUUUUGAUUUCGCCCCUUCAUCACCCCUCCUCAGACCAAUAUAAUCAGCUUAGUACAGCUAUAAUAUAUUGAUUGAGCUUAACAUUGCAUUGUUUCAGAUGUGUGAUAAUAAUGUUAAUCAAUGUACUGACACAAAUGCGUGGGGCUAAUAAGCUCUCCUCUGGGACGACACAUGUUUUCAUAUAUGUUUUGGGUAGGUCGUUGGCUAAUAAUACACAUAUACUUAAGAACAUACCAAAUUAAAACUUGACGUUUCAGGCUUAAGUAUAGUUGAUUUUCUGGUCAUAAUGCACUUGCCAUUACUGAUAUUCGAUAUAAUCGAAGGUCAAUGGAUAUUCGGGUUAGUAAUGUGCAAGCUGUAUUGGGUUGGAGAGAGUGUGAACAAAUUACUGAGCUCCUUCUUGAUGACAGUACUGAGUUGGGAUCGGUUUAUGGCCGUUUGUGCUCCAUUGAAGUCGUUUAGGUAUGUUGUCUAUCUAAGUUUAGGCAUGCAUAUAUACAGUAAAAAUAUGUUACUACAGUAAUAUCUACUACUGUAAUAUAUUAUAAUAGGAUUUAUAAUAUUUAUAUAAAACAUGUUGUAUUGAUAUUGAAAUUGCUGUAAAAUUAAAUAGUUGGUAAAAAAUACCGUACUUUUAGAUACCGUACGAACAAUGUUGCCAUAAUGGUGUUGAUGGCAUGCACAUCAAUGGCGAUGGUAUUACUGUACCCAGUACUGAAAGAAUCUACCGUACAAAUUGUAGACAAAGCAACAUUAUUGAAGGUCCCUGAUGACAGUCAUCAAGGUAGGGUAACAUUAGAUCAUAGGCUUUAAAGAAAAGUUAACAUAAUACAUUACUGUUUUUACUGUAAUAUCUUAAUGAAAAAUGCUUUUUUAUACCCCAUAUAGUAGGUUUUUUACCUUGCAUACUUACAACAAUCAAUUCUACUAUUCAGGUACGACAACAAUCCAGAAAUGUGUCUUCGAAACCAAUACUCCAGCCUUUAUGUUGUACACCUUUGCCUUCGGCUUUAUCAUGCCAGCCUUGUUGAUCUCUGUCUUUUACCUCAGAGUUAUAUUAUCAUUACACAAGAAAACCAAAGGAGUCAAGUUGGACAAAGUCACCUCAGCAGCUUCACAACGGCUACACAAGGUGACGAAGCGCAUCGUUACUGUAGUAUUGUUCUACUUCUUCUGUUGGACACCGUACUGGACGCUGAAUAUUAUGUUACAGUACCAGAUCUUUGUGGUAGGUUGACUAUUUUGGUAUUAGGUUGUUCACAUAAUUUUGUGCUCCCCUCAAAUUAAGUUUUUGGAGUUAGAGGGCACAGAAUUAUAUGAAAAACCUAAUAGUUUUUAUCAGUUUAGAGUAACUAUUGUAAAAUCGCAGCUUAUUAAUAUGUUAUAAGAUACUGAGCCUUUACAUUAUAGUAUCACCAUAACAUUAAUGGAAAAAAAAAUUUCAGUCCACCUGGUCAGCCCUUACCUUAUCCUCGGUCUUCUUCGCGGCCCAUCUCCUGAUCUGCUUCAAUUCAGCGGCCAAUCCAGUCCUCUACGCGUUGAUUAAUCGCGAGUUGCGACAACAACAUGUUGCUGCUUUAAUGAAACGUCGCAAGAGCAACCAAGUACUUAAAACAACAUUCUCAGUUGACAAAGUACAACAUCGAGGUGAUCCCCCUUACUUUGGCACUCUUCGACGACAUACCACGGUAUUUGAGCGACACUCCUCACAAUCGAGUAUCGACUCAACAAUGUUGGUGGCGCUCGAAGCUGCCAAAGCACGAUGCAGGACUAGUUUGCCUCAGGGGAAGUUGAAUGUAACGUAAGUUUUUGAUGUUUUAGGCUUAUAAAAUAUAAUUUUAAAGUUAUAAAACUGUUUUUAAUUUCUUGAGGGUAGCUUUAAAUGAAACCAACACAUUAUAAGUAUUCAAUUUGUUACCUAAAAUUCAAAAAUUACCUUUGACUUGAAAUUAAAAAAAAAUUUAAGCUUUUAACAACUAAAACCGCUUUUCUUAUCAAAAUCAAUUAUAUCAAUUUCAGAUUUAACGGAUUCUGCUCUUUUAUGAUCCCAAAGACCUCACCACACAGUCACAUGGAUAACAUGGAGACGUUGAUCAAGCCCAGCUUCUCCCAGCCCUCGAUCUCUACAGCAACAUCGUCUGUGAACCGGGAAGAGAGUAUGAUAAUCGAUGGUCAUGUUCAUCCGAGUGACGCCUUUUUGUAG